CGGACCAUCCAGCCAGGGUCUUUAGCUUUAAGAUGCCCAACAUGUCCAUUCAUUGGAGUUAAUACCCUAGAGAAAUGGACUUCUGAGAGCCAAAGGAAAAACUUCCCUAUAGGAAUUGUUACAGAUGCCUCUUUUUCAGCCCAGCACACUAGAAUGAAAGACUCUGGGAAUAAUGUGCCUUUGGCAGAGGGUCAUCUUAUUACAGUUGCUGAUCAACCUUACAAGAAACAUCUGGUUGAUGCUUCCAAAAAUACUAUAGAGGUUACAUGCAACAACCAUAAGGCUGCUCAAAACAAUCAUGGUUCAAAAUCUAAGAGCCAUCUGGAUGUUACAGGCAUAGGUGCUGCUGCAUGUUCAAGACAUGGCAUAUUUCUCCCUCACACAUGUGUGGAUCUUCAAUUAGGAGAAGCCCAAAGGAACAUGGACUACUGUCUAUUUUGGGCUUUUCAGGCCUUCCCUGGAGUUGCUCUCUUCAUUCUCAUCUAUGACAUUGUCUGUCAAUAUCACAUCAAUAUGCGCAAAAGGUUCAAUCAGUACUCCGAAAUAUACCUCCCUGAAACUGCAAGGUUUCUGUGGUCUAUUGGACAGUUCCAUGUACAUGGGCAUAUAAACAAGUGCUUCUCCAGGUUUUCUCUCAACUUUGUCAAACAUGCUGGUGCUCAAGAUGGUGAAACCAUGGAAACCUUAUGGCCAGAUGCUGUCAACGCUAUUAAGGAUAGCACGAGAGGAAUGACAGACUCCCAUCGACAUGAGGUUCUAGAUGAUAACAUGACAGAUUGGAACUGGAAGAAGUUACUCAAAAUGCCUGACACCCUUAUUGGGAAAUGGAAAAGGGCUAUCAUAGAGUCCAAGGCAGCAAAUGAGGCCUUCGAAAGGUUCAACAAAGGAGCUACAGAAGCUGAAAGGAAGGACUGGCAGAAAGAGGCUGAAGAAGCUCAUAGACAGAGGGAAUUAAAUGAGAGCUCUGAAAGCAUGGAUAUCUUUAAUGCUGAGGAAGCACUUCUUCCAACUCUGAAGGAGACUGCUCACCACAUGAUUCUAGCUGAAGGGAAGGCCUCAGCAAGGGGUGAUGUUCAAGCUGUUUCCUCCCCUGAUGCCUCAUGGCUUUCAGAAGGAAUACUCAUUGAACAUAGAAGACUUCAAUCAGAUCUUAAAGACUUCAAUCUCAAAGGCUUUUCUCGUUACAACCUGGAAGGGUAUCAAAUUCUUGAAAGCCUACCAGGGGUGUCAAGUCUUGGAGAAGCUUGGGAUGAUGAUGAGGAAGAAAUAGCACAGGAUGAGCUUUUAGGACAACAGGAAAUCCCCAACCACAGCAACCUCACAACAAUCUCAGAAGAGCCAUGGAAUCCAGAGAAACAGCCUGCUGCUAUGCCCUCUACCUUAGGUUUUCCGUACAUGAAGAAAAUCCAACGGGUAGAUUUGGUUCAAAAGGAAAUCAAGCUCAGAGUAGCCGAGAUGAAUGACUGCAUCACAGCUAUUAGAGAGGGAAUAGUGGCAAGAACCUAUCUCUAUCAAGGAAGGGUCAAAAAUCCAUCAUCCUACAGAACUAGGCUGAGAUCUCAAAAAGAUGUUCAAGUGGCAAGUGAAGCGCUUAUGAGGCAUGUUCGGUUCUACACUGGAGCUAGACAAUCUUUAUUCAACCUAUAUGACAAAGAGGAUGAAGAAGAUACAAAGGCCCAUAACCUGAAGGCCAACCCUGUAUUGAUGGAACCAUCUACUUCAGGACUAAGAAAUGAACAUGGUUCUUGGAUCUGGAGUUUUUCUGGUGGGAUAGAGGAAAGAGCUAGUUUUGUUCAAUCAAUCAAAAAGUCUAUGUGGCUUAGAGCCUAUGAACGAAAAUGCAGAUGGGAAGAGGAGCUCUUGUGGGUGCCUUUCGAGAUGGCAUGCACUGUCAGAUCCCAUAAGAAUAAGGCUGAGGAGUGGAAGUCUAGGGCACAGCUUACCAGACUGGAUGAUGAGGGACUUCAUGGACAUCAAGUAUAUGCUUAUGGUCAGGCAGCUACUUGGGAGAAGCUUGCCGAGAAUGCACAUAGAGACUUUGUUCAGAAAUGCCCUCAUUAUCAGCUUUAG